GAGGAAAAAAAGCGAGUGGAUAGCGUUGUUGAGUGUUGGGUGACUCAUCGAUAGCUUAGAUGAGUCACUUCAGCCGGCCGCCAGCCUCGUCAGCAUUGGUGCCGCAGGGCAGCGGCAGGAGGAAAGGCAGGACGCGCGCAGACAUCACAGAGGAACAGAAAAGCGUCAGCAACGACACCACACCCGCUGCAACCAUGGCGUGGCCUGCAGACUCAUGGAAUGGACGGGUGUGCAUCAUGUUUUAUCCAAUGCAGGAGAUCAAGGAGGCGUUUGAUCUGUUCGACACGGACAAGAGCGGCAAAAUCGACUACCACGAGCUCAAAGUAAGCGUACACAGGGAGAGUGUGAAUGCAUCCCAUCCCAUCCGAGCCAGCCAGCCAGCCAUUCGUUGGUUUUGUUGGCUGGUGGUUCGUUCGUGUCAGGUAGCGAUGCGUUCGUUGGGUUUUGAGGUCAAGAAGGCUGACGUGUUGGAGCUCAUGAAGGAGUAUGACAAGACGGGCAGCGGACAGAUCGACUACAACGACUUUCUGGAAAUAAGUGAGGCAGCUGCCUGCACACAAGACACGCCAGGCUGACGCGACGAUUGAUGCCCUCCCUUUUCGUCUUGCAUGUGCAGUGACGACCAAGACAGCCGAGAGGGAUCCGAACGAGGAGAUCCGCAAGGCGUUCAAACUCUUCGACGACGAUAACACAAGUAGGGCGACGGAGAUGCGGCUGCAUACAGUGCCUACCUAUGGGAUGGGUGUGUUUGUGUCUGCUGCAGACCGCAUAUCGCUCAAGAACCUCCGGCGUGUCGCUAGGGAACUGGUGGGAGGGGGUGGGUGGGUGCGCACAGGAUACACACAAGGGGGAGGGAGGCAUCUUGUCUGUCUGAUCGAUCAAUGCAUUGGAUGGGAUGGCUGCUGGGUGGAUGGGAUUGGAUGGAUGGAUGGGUCGAUACAUGCAUGUGUGGUGUGCACUCUGUGGAUGUCAUGUGAUGUGAUGUGUUAGGGUGAGAACUUGUCCGAUGACGAGCUGCAGGCCAUGAUAGACGAGUUCGACAAAGACAUGGACGGCGAAAGUAAGACCGAUCCAAUCCACACACAUGAAAAGUGGCUGUUUGCCCAACUCGCUGUGUGUGUGUGUGUGUGUUUUGGUUCAUUCAGUCAACGAGGAGGAGUUCCUCUCUAUCAUGAAGCAGACCAGCCUCUAUUGAAUGCACACAGCCAGCGGGGCUGGGCUGAGUAGAUAGAUGGAUGGAUAGCUGAAUGGAUGGAUGGAUGGAUGGCUGACAGGUCGACAGGUGGGUGUGCAUGUGCGUCAUGUGGUGUGUAUGUAUUUGUACGUACAAGGAAGGCUUGUGUAGACAGACAGACAUACACACACACAUACAUGUGUGAUUUCAUCUAUUCAUUCUGACUGACAAGAGUGCAUUGCAUUGCAUGUCGGUCUGCGGCGAACUCACUUGGUGCGUACGUAUGGAUAUGCUGUGCUGUGUGCAGUCAUUCAUUCACUCUUGUGUAAGUAAGUAGCCACG